AUGGCCGAACUCUUUGACAAAGCUCCCGAACUACCUCCUCCAUUUGUAAACAUUACGGGCAUAGCCAACUUCCGCGACAUUGGCGGCUACAGCACGACCGACAACCACUCGAUCCGCUCAAAGCUCGUCUAUCGCUGCGCCGACCCGAGUAAAGUGCAACCCGACGGUCUCGCCAAACUAAAAGAGCUAGGAGUCAAGAAAGUGUUCGAUCUUCGCAGUAUCCCCGAGAUCUCGAAACAAGGACCUGAAUGGGCGGGCGUCGAGGUCGAGAAGGAGGUCUUCGUGACCAGGGACGAGGGUAGCGAUGAAGAGGUCAAGGAGGGAGACAUCGAGAGGAUAUGGUGUCCAGUGUUUGAGAAUACGGACUACGGUCCUGAACAGGUCGCUAUACGUUUCCAGAAUUAUGCUAAGAAGGGCAGUGAGGGAUUCGUAAAAGCAUACGCAGACAUCAUGUCGAAUGGCCCAAACGCCUACCGCACAAUCCUCACCCACCUCGCUUCCCCCUCCCCAUCUCCCUGUAUAAUCCACUGUACAGCAGGAAAAGACCGCACUGGUGUCAUCUGCGCAAUCCUCUACCUCCUCUGCCACGUCCCCACCGAGACAGUCGCAAAAGAAUACUCACUUACUGACACUGGAUUACAACAUUUGGUUCCUCUGUUUACGGAACGCUUGCUCAAGAAUCCGGCGCUGGUGGGCAACGAGGAGGGAGUGAAGAACAUGAUUUCUGCUCAGCCGGAAAAGAUGGCUGCGACGAUUCAGAUGAUUCAAAAAGUUUAUGGUGGUGCUGAGGGGUAUGUUAGAGAUGUUGUUGGAAUGAGCGAUCAGCAGAUUGAGCAGAUCAGGAAGAACCUUUUGUCGAACGACAAGGCUAAAUUCUAG